AUGAGCGCGUCGGCGAUGGCGGCGGGUCAGCCGCAGUUCCGGUACUCGCAGCCACCCUCAAAGGUGCUGCACGUGCGCAACCUGCCGUGGGAGGCGACGGAGGAGGAGUUAUCGGAGCUGUGCAAGCCCUUCGGCCGCGUCGUCAACACCAAGACCAGCGUCGGCGCCAACCGCAAUCAGGCGUUCGUCGAAUUCGCGGAUUUGAACCAAGCGAUUGCUAUGGUGUCUUACUACGCGUCAUCAUCCGAGCCAGCGCAGGUUCGAGGAAAGGCGGUGUACCUGCAGUACUCGACGCGGCAGGAGAUCACCACGUCCAACAAGACUGGCGAUUCCUCCUCCGGGAAUGUCCUGCUUGUGACUAUAGAGGGGGUUGAGGCUGGCGACGUGACCAUAGACGUGCUUCACCUGGUCUUCUCAGCAUUCGGCUUCGUCCAGAAGAUUGCAACGUUUGAGAAGAGUGCCGGCUUUCAGGCAUUGGUGCAGUACGGGGACCCGGAGACUGCCAACAGCGCCAAGUCUUCAUUGGACAGCAGGAGCAUUCCCAGCUACCUGCUCCCAGAGCAUGUGCAGGCAUGCAGUCUGCGCAUCUCCUUCUCAGCCCACACGGACCUCAACGUCAAGUUCCAGAGCCACCGCAGCCGCGACUACACCAACCCCUACCUCCCCGUCUCCUCCUCCGCUACUGACGCUGGCUUGCAGCUCACCCCAGGGCCUGUAGCAGCAGUGAAGGGCGAAGCGGGAAGCAACGUGCUGCUGGCAUCUAUAGAGAACAUGCAGUACCCCGUCACCAUGGACGUGCUGCACACCGUAUUCUCAGCAUACGGCGCGGUGCAAAAGAUUGCCAUCUUUGAGAAGACUGCCGGAUUCCAGGCGCUUGUCCAGUUUCCAGACGUAGCAGCAGCCACAUCAGCCAAGGAUGCUCUGGAAGGCCACUGCAUCUACGAGGGGGGCUACUGCAAGCUGCGCAUCUCCUUCUCCCGCCACACCGACCUCAAUGUCAAGGCCAACAACGAUCGCAGCAGGGACUUCACUCGCCCAGACCUCCCCACAGUCGCCCCCAUUCCUGCUCCUUCUACCACUGCCACUACCACAGCUGGUAUCCUCUCUUCUUCCACCACCACCACCACUGGCGCUGCCACCCCCUUCACCACGCCAUCUGCACCCAUCCUCUCCUCCUCCCCAUACAAUCUCGCUGCCCCUCUCGCCCCCUCUACCGCCCCACCUGUCCUCCCCACUCCCGGUGCCCCUGCUCCCUACUACCCCACCUCUUCCCCUGCCGCCCCUCCCUCCUCUGCGCCACCCAUUCUCGGCCACCAAAACCGCCCAGCAGUCUUUCCUGCCACCCCUCCCAGAGGGCCCCCUCCCCAUGCCCCUCCUCCUCACGGCCCCCCUUUCCACGGUCCCCCUCCCCCCCACGCCGGCCCUCCCCACGGCCCCCCUCCCCAUACCCCCCCUCCUUACAAUCGAGGUCCCCCUUUCCGCGGCCCUCCCCCUCCCGGGCCUUACCCUCCCGGACCUCCUGGCGGGCCUGGUGGUCCAGGGCCUGCCGGGCCUGGUGGUCCAGGGCCUGCCGGGCCUCCGUACGGUCCUCCUCGGCCCGGUGGUCCACCCCCGGGGCAGUUUUACCCUCCCCCUGGUGGGCCUCCCCCAUAUGGCCCUCCCCGUGGUCCCCCUCCCCACAUGCCUGGGCGGGGUCCCCCUCCCCCUAUGAUGGGGGGGCCCCCUCCCCCAGGUGGCCCUCCCCCUGGCCCUCCCCACCCCGGGCGCCCUCCCCCGCAGCCAUUCCCCCCAGGCACUGGUCCUCCCCCCCCCGGCAUGGGGGGAGGCCCUCCUCCCCCUGGGGUGGCCCCUCCUCCUUACAUGGGGGGAGGGGGACCUCCCCCUGGUCCCCCAGGUAUGCCUCCCCCUCCUGGCAUGGCAGGGGGGCCUCCCCCUCCUGGGUACCCAGGGGGUCCGCCUCCCCCAGGCAUCCCGCCCCCGCCUGGAUAUGGUCCCCCUCCCCCUAGAUAUGGACCAGGAGGACCGCCUCCUCCUGGCUACAGAUAUUAG